GCCCCUAAGGAGUGAGUGGUGCUGGGGGAAUGAUGGAAUUUUUACCUCAUUGAGGUACAAAGUUCUGAAAUAAUUAAGUCAGCUUUUGACUCUAGUUAUUAAACGCCUACGGAUCUUCAAUUAUGGAUGGCUAAUAUUGGGUGAUGGAAAAAGAGGGACAUGAAUUUUAUUUGAAGAAACCAAAAAUAGAGUUUGAUACAAAUGCUGAGCAAGGUGCGAGCAGUGCAAACUGCGGGACUAAGCUUGCGCUUUGUGAAAUCAAAACGGAGCCUUUAGACGAAUAUUGGCCAACGCCUGUUUUCACUAUCGAUGCUUGGAACCAGUUGGAAAAAGAACAUGCUCGAUCCAUUCAGGCCCCUGUUGUUGGCAGUGAGCUCCAGAUAUCAACUGUACCAAUUAUAACCGCUGAAGACAAAGAUUUGCCAUACAGUAAAAAGGAAGAAAAUGUCAUUGAAACUGUUGGCGAAUCCGUUGGAAAUUUGUUAACAGCUGUUAAAAAAAAGGCCGAAAAGGAGCAAACUGAUCAGGAUAAACACAUCAAAGGCGCUAAGACAUUAGAUGCCAAUUUUAACACCAAUUCAUCAGGCAAAAAGGAUGACAACUCUCAAGACACCAAUGGUCAGAAUAAUGGAAGCAAUGAAGAAAACGAUAAAGACCAAAUUAAUACCGCCAACAAGGAAAUUUCCAAAGUGCACCCUGCUGGAACAAAUCAGGAGAACCAGCCUGAAAUACAUGGCAAUGUGAACGGACGAAGGCACCAAAGCUCUCCAUUAAAUCAUCUCAGCCCUACUAAGAAACUGCGUUUGGAGAAACCUCGGAGACUUUACAGUGACCAAUCCGAAAUUUCUCCCAUUGCGGAUGCACUUGUGAAAAUGCGCAAAGAUAAGAUAGGCACAGACUGCGAAAUUAAAAUCCAAGGCGAAAUCUUUCAUUGCCACUCCGUUAUCUUAAGGAGACACGAAGGAAGUUUUUUUCGAGAAAUUUUUGAGAAUAGCAGCAUGGAAAAUGAAUGCAUUUUCCAAACAGAGGAGAUCAGCAAGGCAACGUUCAAAAAAAUUUUGCAAUAUCUGUACACAAGCAAAGUGGAUCUUUCGAGCUAUGACGAAGCCUUGCAGAUGCUUGCUGCAUCGAAAGAGUUAAAAUUAGACGAGCUCGUCAAACACUGCACUCGAUAUUGCACUAGGCAAUUACUUGGUGAUGAAGCAUCAAUUUGGCAAGCAUUGGAAGACCUCCUACACAAUCAGCCUCAACCUUAUCAGUUGUGUCUAUGUGGAGUAGCAUCGUUCAACAAACUGAUUUUCAAAAAAGAAUUCCUCUCAAUCAGUUACAACACACUUCGCUUCAUUGUGGAGCAAAAUUUCCUGCCAAACUGCAAGGAAAAUAUUUUGGUUCAUUAUGUGGAGGAGUGGGCCAAACACCAACUCGGAAAGGAGAACAUCGAUGUCAACCAUGAAAAUUUGCGUGGAGCUCUAGGUCCAAUUAUUGGCAAAUUGCGUUUCCUUUGUUUCCGAGAGGAAGACUUCCUGCAACUUUUCAGGCGGACGCUUUUGAUCACUGAGAAAGAAAAGCUCGCUAUUCUCGAGAGCUUCCUCUCCGGUUCUAGCAACGCCCCGGCGGAAAACAUCAGCAGUGAGAGAAAAACUAGAGAUGGAAGCCAUCCAAAUCUAUUUCGCAUUCCGAAAUACCCUAUGAGCUCAGACCAACUGUUUGUGGACCCAUCUUCACCAAGUGUGAGGUGCUCGUUCGUAUUUUCACCCAACGUCGACAUACUCUUGCUUAGUUUCCAGUUUUUUGCAAAGAUUUCAACAGACAUAAUCUGCAAUGGUGGUUUUUACACGGAGCGUAUCACCGCACAAGUCCUUCGAAUUGAUGGAUCCAAUGCUGAAAUUUUAAGAGAGCUGUCAAUUUCGGAGCUUGUGGAGUACGACUCGUGUUUGACUGUUAAACUGCCCGCGCCCGUGAUUUUGCACAAGAGCAACGUUUUCUGCUACGCCAUAAAAAUCAUUCUUCACAGCGCUGGCACCUACAACACGGAGCAAAACAACUACAACAUCUUGCAAACUUUUGACCAGCAUAACAUAACGCCACUCAAGAGUGACUGGUGUUGGGGAAAUGAUGGAAUUUUCACCGGGUUCAAGUACAAAGUUAUAGAUUAAAUGAGCCAUAAAUCUGUGGUCAUCAUAGAUCAGCAUUUUUCAUGUCUAAUUGGCACAUCUUAUUAAAAAACUUUUAAGCAUUAAAUUUGUCCCAAAACGUAAUCGUUCAGUGUCUAUAUUCGUCUAUUCAUCAUGUAUAAAAAUACAACAGGAAAUUAAAAAAUGAGAAAUCCUUGUACCAUGAGUGUCUACCCAUAUUAACAUAUUAAAUAAAAAGCAUUUAUUAAAAACAGCCUAUUAUGUAUGUUAAAUUCAUUAAGCGCAUUUUUUUCAGCCUAUUUUAUAUAAUUUUUGUGUAUGUAAUAUUAUGAAUGCAUGUCUUUUAAUAAAUU